UACGUUGGGACGUCAAUCAUAAGUUCCACAACAUAUAGCACCACAGAACUUGGCCGUAGGUUCAGCCAAUCAGUGCCUGGAAAGGUGGUGCACUGGCUAAUGGAGAGAGAGGAGGGGGCGGGACAAGCGGCAGACGGAGAAUGACGAGAGAGAAGAUGGCGGCGCCCGUAGAGCUCCCACGUUAUUGUGAGUGAAUAACAGCAAUAUAAGUCAGUUAAUUGUAAGUUUAGCUCUAAGUUUAUUAAGUUUGUUAGUGUCCGUGUUACGGAAUAAUUACGGUUGGAGUGAAGAAGGAGUCUACACCACCAGCACUGAAGAUCACCCGGUGUCGCUGUCAAAAAAGUAUAGCACGUUGUAGUGUGAGGCGGAAUGUCCUCGCUAGUUAGUGAAGUGUUAAACAUUUAGAAACAAGCUCGUCGCCAACGUCGGAGACUUCACCAGGCCAGGGAACUUGGACAGCUAGCCGUUUCGCCACUACAGCCCUUGAUGUGCCCGCAGCUCACUUGCCCUCUCUCUCUCCCUCUCCCACGCCACUGACAGACGGUGUGGUUGCGUGAGUAUUACCCUGCCACAUGUGACUCCAUAUUGUCAACGAGCAGCAAAGUGUCCGGGACGGUAAUGUCCGAUUUGGGAACAGUUCAAUACACUUUGAGGACCGUGGCUCGACCAUUUUGAACUGAACGUGCAAAACAGUGAACUGCAGUGAACAUCAUACUGAAUGUGGAAAACAUUGGACUUUGAUUGUGAAAUAUGUUUAUUGUGCAAAACGAUCUUCUGUUAUGGGUUUGAAUGAUGUAAUUGUAUGUCUUUGCAUUUAAUUUAGUUAUUAACACAGUGGAUUCAGUGUAUGUUGGCACGGGGCAUUGGUAUUUUGUGUUCUGGUUAUUGUGCCUUUUUUUUAGUUAGACGAACUCACCGGUGAGUAGGACAGGUGUGUCUGUUAGAGUAUUGUCAUGAGCAGGGUGGGAAGUGUUUCAGUGUGAAAUAAUUGUUCUAAACUAAUUAAAUAAUACAUUUAAUCUAACUUUUUCCUAUGGUUAGUUCCACCUGUUACAUAUUGGCGUCCGCGAACAGGAUACAUACCUAGUUACACAACCCCCUCUGUUAAUCCCAGUCCUGUGUAGUCAUUAGUCAGUGCCAUUCCUUGGUAGGGUCUCAGUCCUCAGGCUAAGUAAUCAUGGAUGUGUUGAAGGAGCAAUUUGAAGAGCUGCAACAGAAAUUUGCAGAGCAGUCAACACACGUGAAGGAACAGAUGGUUCUACUGGAGCAGGCUAGAAGUGACCAGAGGGAGGCGCUGGCGUUGGCAAAGCAGGUCAUAGAGCAGAAAACCCCAACCACAGUAUUCAUACAAAGGGACAGGAAAUGCCCAGACUUCAGCGGCUCUCAAAGUCAAGGUGAGAUGUGUAUUGAGGAAUGGAUUGCAGCACUUAAAUCACACUUUGUAGUAUGCAAAAUCCCAGACGAAGACAAAGUUGAAUUAGUCAAGCAACAUUUAAAGGGGGAGGCAAAAGUAACGUUGAAAUUGAUGGUUGAAGAUGAAACGACUGACAUUGCUAAUGUUCUCAAGAUUCUGAGAGAGGUAUAUGGAGACAAGGCCCCAGUGGGCAUCAGGCUAAGGGAAUUCUAUGAUAGAAAACAAAUGGCAGGUGAGAGGAUACGGGCAUAUGGAUAUGACCUUCAAGAGAAACUUCGCCGUUUGAAGCGUCGUGAUUCCAAGUGCAUCUCUGACCCUGACUCCAUGCUAAAAGAACAGUUUGUGCUAGGUCUCAGAGAUGAUAACCUUAGAAGGGAAAUGAAAAGACAGGCAAAAGAGCAGCCAACACAGAUAUUUAAUUUGCUGAUGCAGGCUGCCAUUGAUUGGUCAGAGGAAGAGGAGACCUCUCAAGCCACUCGUGACAAAAGCCACACUCGUGGUGCUGUUAGCAGUGUAGUUACAGAAGAGACACCUCCAGCCUUGUCUUUACAGGCGUUACAUGAAUCCAUCCAGAAAUUAGCUGCAAGACAAGAAGAGCUCUACAGAGUGGUACAGGGGUCUGAAAUGCGAAACACCGCCAAGGGUAGGCAGCAAAGACUUCCUCAGAGAGAUGAGACUGGGCAAUUGAUUUGCUACAACUGUGGGGAACCUGGACACAUAAGUCGGGAGUGUAGAAAAGGUCAGGGAAGGCGGCGUCAGGCAACUGCUUUUGUGUCUGAUGUGACCAGUGAAGACCAUGACGGUCAGGCAGAAGGAACAGUCAGUACAGCUAGAGUAGGCCCCAUCACGCCCACAUCCGUACCUGUGACCGAGCACAGGGCCACACCCAUGGGCGCCUUUGGCAACUGUUUCACAGUCGAUGUCAUUAUAGAUGGUGUGAAAACAUGCUGUUUGCUGGACACUGGCUCUGAGGUCACCACAAUGUCUGAAGGCCAUUUCAAGAAACACUUCACGGGGAAGGUGCUAUCUCCAGCCAAAUGGGUAAAGCUAACGGCCGCAAAUGGGCUGGACAUCCCUGUCCUCGGGUGCCUCUACACUGAUGUUGAAUGCUUCGGAAAGAGGCUGACUGGAAAAUGCGUGUUUGUGCUGCGGGACGAUGCAACCAGUGGAAAGGGGCCUGGCGAAGUUCCAGGAAUACUGGGGAUGAAUGUCCUUGCUGAUCUGCGCAGCCUGUUUAAUGAUAUGCAAGGGGUCCAGACGAUGAAUAGACACAAGCAGUCGGCUGGGGUGGGGAGCCUACGCCGUGUCUUCGUAAAGAUGGCAAAGGAAGAGCAAUAUGUGGGCCCUAGGGGUCAGAUGGGUUAUGUCAGAGUGGCUGGCCGUCAAGCAGUUAUGGUGCCUCCACGCAGCGAAGUAGUCAUUGAGGGUCGCUGCAGGGUCCCUCCAAAAAUGCACUGUCAGGUACUAGUUGAGGCUUCGCCAACCAGCAGCAUGCCUCAUGGACUGUUAGUUGCCAAUGUGCUGACUCAUGCAGUAGAGGGAAAAGUGUCUGUUAGGCUGCUCAACACACGAGACGAACCUGUUAUGCUGCCCCCCAGGUCGAGAGUAGCAGAGUUGAGUAAGCCACAGAAAGUACUACCCAAGGACACCCUGAUGUUUGAAGAAACCAACGGAGAAGUUCAUGUCCAAGCUUUAGAGGGUGCGGUUGCUCGUGACAGAGGAUGGCCUGAAUCUCUGGCUGUUCCCGUCCAGGCUAACGUACAGGGGCUCUCACCCCCUGAAAUUUGUGAAUUGAACCAGCUUCUCCAGAAACAUCGUGACGUGUUCUCCCAAGGGGAUGGAGAUUAUGGGUACACUACCACAGUAACACACAGAGUCCCAACGGGUGAUGCCCAUCCCAUCAAACAACGACACCGUAGGAUUCCACCUCAUGUGUUCCAAGAGGUUAAGCGCCAUGUGCAAGACCUUGUAGCUCAAGGCAUCUUGAAAGAGAGUUGCAGCCCAUGGGCUUCCCCGGCAGUCAUUGUUAUGAAAAAAGACGGGUCAGUCCGGUUCUGCUGUGACUAUCGGAAGUUAAAUAGUGUGACCCAUAGAGAUGCAUAUCCACUCCCUAGGGUGGAAGAAUCCCUGGAUGCUUUGGGCCAGGCACGCUUAUUUUCUUCGCUAGAUCUUACUUCAGGUUAUUUCCAGGUGGCAGUUGAGGAGAAAGACCAGGAGAAGACAGCAGUGACGACGCCUUUUGGACUGUUCCAGUGGACUCGUAUGCCUUUUGGGCUGUGCAAUGCCCCAGCAAGCUUUCAACGCCUCAUGGAAUCAGUCCUGGGCGAUUUAGCUUUCGAUGUUCUGCUUGUCUACUUAGACGAUGUGUUAGUAUUCUCCAAGGACUUCACCAGCCACCUGGAAAGGUUGGAUUUGGUGUUUAGGCGUCUCCGGAACCAUGGCCUCAAGUUGAAUCCGAAGAAGUGUUUCCUCCUUAGACCAGAGGUUAAGUUCCUUGGGCACGUUGUGUCAGCAGCAGGGGUCCAGGUAGACAUGGAGAAAGUCAGUGUCCUAGAGAAUUGGCCCACUCCCCGUUCUGUUAGAGAUGUGAGACAGGUGGUAGGGUUCAUGUCCUAUUACCGCCGCUUCGUCCCCCAGUUCGCACAAGUGGCUAGGCCCUUACAUGCCCUGAUGGGUACCUUUAAAAAAGGGGACAAUCGAGCGCAGCAGCAGUCUUUCUCAUGGAGCGAAGCAUGUCAAAUAGCUUUUGAUAAGCUUAGAGCUUGUUUGAUUUCUCCUCCCGUGCUUGCUUACCCCGACUACCGAAUUCCUUUCAUAGUCACAACUGAUGGAAGUCGCCAGGGGCUUGGAGCCGUGCUAAGCCAACGCCAGGAUGGCAUUGAGCGGGUGAUAGCAUAUGCAAGUCGGGGCCUACGGGGUUCGGAGAGGAAUGAUAAGAAUUAUAGCGCAUUUAAAUUAGAGCUCCUCGCGCUGAAAUGGGCCGUCACAGAGAAGUUCCGCGACUUGCUAAUGUAUGCGAAAUUCACCGUUGUCACGGAUCAUAACCCUCUCCGGCAUUUGGAGACCGCUAACCUCGGGGCCGUUGAACAGAGGUGGGUGGCCCAGUUAGCAGAAUUCAACUUCGAGGUCCACUAUAAGCCAGGGAAGUCUAACCAGAACGCAGAUGUGCUAUCCCGCCUACCUGUGACCAUCGAACCAGAGACCGAAGACACUGGUAAAGACUUCCUGGUGAUCAGAGAAGACGAAGUGAGAGCUAGCUUGUGGCCUGCCCGUAAAGACCAGUUGAAGGAAGCAGGAAAGGUCCAGGUUGUGCAGGCCGCCCGAAGAACCAGAGUUUGUGGUUAUAGUUGGGAAGAGGUCCGGGAACUCCAGAUGAAGGACCAGGAUCUGGGACCCGUACUGGGAGCUGUGAAGAUGGGUAUGAGGCCUAACAAGCAACAGUUGCAAGGCAUGAGCUUGUCACAGCGGAAAGUCUGUGGACAGUGGGAACGUUUGAGAAUCCAACAGGGGGUGCUGGUCAGAGACCUGCAAGAUCCACGUGACGGGGUGAAAAUCUGUCAGCUGAUGGUGCCCACGUCGCUACAGCAACCCAUUUAUGAGUCUCACCAUGACCAUGGUGGUCACUUUAGUGUGAAGGGUACUUUGGCCAAGUUGAAGAGGGGCUACUAUUGGUCUUCAAUGUCCAAGGACGUCCAGGUAUGGGUGCAGAAGUGCAAAAGGUGCAUCCUAGCUAAAGACGUAUUCCCGAAGACACAGGCCUCAAUGGUCUGCAGCAAUGUUACGGUUCCUUUAGAGGUCCUGGCCAUGGACUACACCUUGCUAGAGCCAUCUGCUGGUGGAUAUGAAAACGUCCUAGUCCUCACGGAUAUGUUCACACGAUUUACCGUGGCCGUGCCCACCAAAGACCAGACAGCUCGGACCACAGCCGCUGCUCUAGUCAAACAUUGGUUCGCCUGCUAUGGGUGCCCCGCCCGACUUCAUAGCGACCAAGGUCGCAAUUUCGAGGCUGGCGUGAUAAAGGAGUUGUGUCAUAUAUAUGGCAUUGCCAAAAGCAGAACAACGCCCUACCAUCCGCAGGGAAACGCUCAGUGCGAAAGAUUCAAUCGCACUAUGCACGACAUGCUGCGGUCUCUCCCAGCUAACAAGAAGAGAAACUGGAAGGAGCACUUGCCUGAAUUGGUGAUGGCCUACAAUAGCCACGUUCAUUCAUCUACAGGUUACUCUCCGUUUUAUUUGCUUUUUGGAAGAGACGCGCGACUGCCCAGAGAUAUUCUUGGGGGAAUGGAUUUCGACGACAGUGGGGCAGAGAAUCUGGAUGACUGGGUGUUAAAUCAUCAUCAGAGACUGAAAAUGGCGGCGGAUGCAGCAAGGGCAGCGACGCAAGAUGCCUCCAAGCGACGCAAAAGGCUGUAUGAUCGGCGGGCACGUGGCGCACUUAUCCGGCCUGGAGACAGAGUUCUGCUGAGGAACCAUAAACCACGUGGCAGGAAUAAGAUCCAGGACAAGUGGGAACCAGACCCCUAUCUUGUCAUCGCACAGAACCAUCCAGACAUGCCUGUGUAUACUGUCAAGCCUGAGGCUGGUGGCCCUACCAAGGUGGUACAUAGGGAUCAAAUGAAACCCUGUGUCUUUGAGACCCCUAUACCAGCCAACCCCACACGAGAGCGUAGACCCACAUCCCAUGAUUCAGAGUCUGAUGCCUAUGACUUAGUGUGUAUUCCCCGUAGCUAUCCCCACACACGACACGCUUGCAAUACAUACUCCCAUCAUAGCUCCCAAGACGACACCGCUGACACUGAUGGGGAGGAAGUUAGGAGUAGGCAGAGCGAACAGGGUGGGAUUCCAAGCACUGGGGAGGGCAGGUCACAUGGAGGCGUACAGUCAGACGAAGCAGAUAUAUCUGGGGAUGAUAGUGAGGCUAUUCAGAGGCCCGCCAGACCCCAGAGAAGCACCAGAGGUCAGCUCCCUAGCAGGUUUAAAGAUUUUGUACCCAAAUGAGUGUUCAAAUGUUUGUUUUGUGUAUGGGUAAUGAUUUCAUGUAAUGUGUGUGAUGUUGAAGUUGUGUUUAUAUGCUGAAAGUUAUGUGUGUACUUCUGUUAUUGUUGUAAAAAAACAAAAAAAAGAGAGCAUGGACUCUUGGACUCUCAUGGACUACCAAGGGACCCCAACUUGUGGAGAGGUCUGUGAUGUGGCAGGGUUUGAAAGGGGGGAAUGUAGGGGUACACCCAGAGUGUGGACAUAUUUCUGUAUGCCGCCCCUGCGAUUACGUUGGGACGUCAAUCAUAAGUUCCACAACAUAUAGCACCACAGAACUUGGCCGUAGGUUCAGCCAAUCAGUGCCUGGAAAGGUGGUGCACUGGCUAAUGGAGAGAGAGGAGGGGGCGGGACAAGCGGCAGACGGAGAAUGACGAGAGAGAAGAUGGCGGCGCCCGUAGAGCUCCCACGUUAUUGUGAGUGAAUAACAGCAAUAUAAGUCAGUUAAUUGUAAGUUUAGCUCUAAGUUUAUUAAGUUUGUUAGUGUCCGUGUUACGGAAUAAUUACGGUUGGAGUGAAGAAGGAGUCUACACCACCAGCACUGAAGAUCACCCGGUGUCGCUGUCAAAAAGUAUAGCACGUUGUAGUGUGAGGCGGAAUGUCCUCGCUAGUUAGUGAAGUGUUAAACAUUUAGAAACAAGCUCGUCGCCAACGUCGGAGACUUCACCAGGCCAGGGAACUUGGACAGCUAGCCGUUUCGCCACUACAGCCCUUGAUGUGCCCGCAGCUCACUUGCCCUCUCUCUCUCCCUCUCCCACGCCACUGACAGACGGUGUGGUUGCGUGAGUAUUACCCUGCCACAUGUGACUCCAUAUUGUCAACGAGCAGCAAAGUGUCCGGGACGGUAAUGUCCGAUUUGGGAACAGUUCAAUACACUUUGAGGACCGUGGCUCGACCAUUUUGAACUGAACGUGCAAAACAGUGAACUGCAGUGAACAUCAUACUGAAUGUGGAAAACAUUGGACUUUGAUUGUGAAAUAUGUUUAUUGUGCAAAACGAUCUUCUGUUAUGGGUUUGAAUGAUGUAAUUGUAUGUCUUUGCAUUUAAUUUAGUUAUUAACACAGUGGAUUCAGUGUAUGUUGGCACGGGGCAUUGGUAUUUUGUGUUCUGGUUAUUGUGCCUUUUUUUUAGUUAGACGAACUCACCGGUGAGUAGGACAGUGUGUCUGUUAGAGUAUUGUCAUGAGCAGGGUGGGAAGUGUUUCAGUGUGAAAUAAUUGUUCUAAACUAAUUAAAUAAUACAUUUAAUCUAA